UCAACUUGAGCUUCAUAUGAACCACAUCAGUUACCAACUGAAUCAAGGCUUGCUGGUUUGUUGUUUUAAAGCAAAGUUUCAGCAAUGCGUAUCUUAAACUCAGACAUAGGGGAAGCCAGUGCAGGGAAUCUUAUCGCUUGGCUACAUUUACACUAAAUAUAGACCACCAAUUAUGUGCGGGGUUUAUGGGCCUCAGGGGAGCACUUGUGAGCAGCAGGAAGAUUAAGAACGAACUACAGAACUGGUAGAAGGUUUGGCUGUAGUUGUCCCUGAGUAGUUAUCUUUUCUAGGAAACCGAGCAGUGGAGGCUCACGUCUUUAGACAAUUUUUAUUUGUUGAAGUGUCCUACUGGUAGAAAAUCAAGCAAUUAUUAGAUGAUGAAAGACUCAGCUGUUAGCAGUGAUCAAGAACACAGAAAAAUGAAACUACUUACGUGUCUCAGUUCCAGGAUCAGAAAAGAAUCUGCCCAGUGGAGCUCGGCAGGAAGGCCAAGCACAAUGACUCAUUCCUCUCAGGAUGCUGGGUCUCAUGGCAUCCAGGAAGAAGGAAGACUCUACGUUGUGGAUUCCAUAAAUGACUUAAACAAACUCAAUCUCUGUCCGACAGAAUCACAACAUCUAUUCUCUUUAGAGGACAAAUUCCCCAAUGCUGGCACAACCCCAGGAAAUGGAAGGCGGGGGCUGUUUUUUGUGGGGCUGCUCCUGGUGUUGACGGUCAGCCUGGCUCUGGUCUUCUUCGCCAUCUUUCUAAUAAUUCAAACAGGAAACCAGAUGGAGGACGUGUCAAGAAGGCUGACAGCUGAGGGAAAGGACAUAGAUGAUCUUAAGAAAAUCAACAACAUGAUUGUAAAGCGGCUCAACCAGCUGGACUCUGAACAGAACUGAAAGGAUUUCCCCCCAAGAGUGGUCGUGGAUGCUGGAGCUUCCCACUUGCUGGAAGUACACUAGGUUAAGGACUGAGAAAGUGCACAUACUAUCCAUUAUACCUCUUGGUUCGAGGAUGGAGAUAACGCCCAGGCAAGGAGUUUAAAGAUGGCAGCUGAAAGGGGUGAACUUGAUUCAGCCUUAUUGACUGCUAGCCGGCUGCUUCUGUUUUGGUGGGGGGUGGCUAGCAUGGAGAAGAGAACUUAGCUCUUUACAUGGGACUCCUUUUUGGAAAUAUGCUUGGUUUAAAAGACUUUGAAUGUUCUAGGGAGAUCUCUGAUGCCUCACGUACCUGUACAGAUUUCCUGCACAAGCUUAAGGAAUCCACCGAACUGUCUCUGUGUUGAGGGGAACCGGGUGCUCAGGCUUUUCAGUAGCGUACAUUCUUCUUUUCGGGUGACACACUUUGACAACAGCUUCCGAGCGCUCUUCCUUCGGUGAUCGCUGGAGAAAACAUGGGGAGCAUGAUGUACGUGUGGUGAAGCUGAGGGACAAGAGAGAACGCCUGCUGUAUUCUACUACUGUUUCCUGAGCCUCUGCUUUGUGAAAAUCAUCUGACUCUAGAGUUCCUACCAUACACAUGUGCAAAGAGGGAAUUAUGUCUAUUAUAUAUAAUCUAUAAGCCCUGCUAGCUUCGUUAUGCAAAAUAAAACAAAACAAAACAUCAAAAAACAAAAACCCUUGGUACCCUGCUCAUGGCUUUGGAAGAAAGUGGUUAGGUUUGCGUGGUCUUUGCUAAAUUAGAGUAGAAAACUGUGCAUUUGGAAGCUUCCUUGUUUUAGCAAGAAUAAAGUAUGCUAUAUAUGCCAAGAUUGAGGCAAAAUAGGUGCGUUUAAAAGCAUGAAUUUUUAUUUAAUUAAAAUACACUGCUAUGAGUCAGUUGAAGAAUUAUUGAAAUUUUUGUUAUUUUGGUUUAUUCAAAAUAUUUGAAUUUACUUGAAAAUGAAGCAGAUGCAGAGCCACAUUUUGAAUAAUAAUAGUUGAUGAAAUAAACACAAAGAACUUUACUUCUAUUUUAAUUUAUUAUUAGUUUUUGCACUAAAGUAUUUAUAUUGCAUACUUUUCUUAAAAUUGAUCAAUAUGCAGAACAUCAAAAAUAUAAAAUUUGUGUUUACUGGAUCAUAUUGAUCUGUUAUGGCAAAUUCUUGUCAUAAGGAUUUAUUGGAAAAAUAUUUCAAAAACCAGGAGAUCUGAUACCAAAGCUCCAAGUAAACACUCAUUUCUUUCUGCUUAUCCUAGGACAUUUUUGUCUUUCUAUGUACACUGUGCAUGUUUUUAUGCUCAGUAAUAAACAGUCUUUAUUCAAAAGCAUUGUGAAUUUUACAAUGUAACCAUUUGAAAAUAAUUUUUUAAAAGUGGGUUCUGGGAUCAAACUCAGAAGUCUUCAUGCUUGCAAGACGAGUUUUGAAGGGCAUGAACACAAUAGGACCUCGUAAGUCUUGGAAAUGUAUUAUUUCUGUAUUUCUGACUGGGGAUAUAGUUACUUUAUGGCAGCAUGUUUAUUUUAAGCUGAGUGUGGUGGUGUAUAGAUGUAAUCCCAGCAUUUGAGAGGUAGAGAUAGGAUCACAGAUUCAAGGCCAA